AUGAAUAAUUUCGUAGAGAGUCAUGAUGACCAUAACCAUUAUCAUCAUCAGGAGGAUCAAGUUGCAGGACACAAAUGUAUUCAUAAUGAAUUAAUGGCUGCCGAGAAGACUAACACUCACCCGAGGGGUAUCUUCUCAACAAUGGAAUCAAGUUUUAAACUCCAAGCACAACAUAAUUUGAAAAGAUCAAUCCUACAAUCAACAGCCACAACAGCAACAGAAACUUGGUCCAAUAUUAGAGUACUAUUCAGAACUGAUUAUUUAGGACCUGACAGUGAUACAGAGAGUAGAAGUUGCAAAGCUGUUGGUGAUUACUAUUGGACAGGUGCCAAUACUCCAACUAGUACCAAAACACAGUGUUUGACAGAUAGUAGUUCAAAUUGUUGGAGAGUUUGCAAAGAUACUGAUGUGAUAGAUAGCUCAUUCCUUUCAGAAAUUGUCUCAAGCAUGUUGCCAACCAUUAAAGAAGAUUAUUCUCGAAUGCUUCAAGUACCUACUGUUAAGGAUGGUGAUUAUCCAAAGAUCUUUAAUGCCAAUAGCAGAUGUGGAUCUCAAGGAGGUGUAGCAGUUCCAAGCGAUAUUAUUGCAAAUGGUUUGGAUGGAAAGAAUGCUGAUGCCAUCUUUUUUGUAACUUCACGGCCAACAGAAACUGGCGUUCUUGGAUGGGCAAUUCCUUGCAUUCUUGAUUCAAUCACAAAGAGACCACUUGUGGCCCAGCUCAAUAUUUCACCUAAACUUGGUAAUUACACCAAAGAAAAGUUGUCAGUUGUUAGACAUGAAGCUUUGCAUGCACUUGGUUUCUCUAACUCUUUCUUGUCAAGUUUUUACGAUAGAGCUAACAAAAAGACACUCGACGCGUCUGCUGUCUAUUCUGUUGUUAAUAAGUCCUUUGUUGAUAGCACAGGAACAACUCAAUCAGUCUCAGUUACCAAACUCAAAACUCCAAAGAUUUUAGAAGUAGCAAGAAAGUAUUACAAUUGCCCAACAUUAGAUGGUGUUCCUAUGGAAGAAUAUGGUGGAUCUGGAAGUGCAGUAUCUCACUGGGAAAAGAGUAUCAUGAAGAAUGAACUAAUGGUUGCAAGUGUUAGUGGUGAGCUAGUUUUGAGUAGUUUUACAAUUGCUUACUUUGAAGACUCUGGAUGGUAUAGAGGAAACUUUAGUCAUGCUCAACGAUUAACUUGGGGUAAGGAUAUGGGAUGUGCAAUGGCCAAUUAUAGAUGUGAAAAUUGGCCAACCAAGAAUGUUGGAUACUUUUGUAGUUCAGAAAGUCCUUCUAAGUCCUAUUUCCAAACAACUUCAACGAGUUCUUGCACCCAUGAUUUGAAGAGCAAGUCUUACUGUAAUAGUGCAAAGUAUUACAAUGAUUUGGGAUACUAUGAACAUUUCCCAAGUUCUCCAAAACAGGGAGGCACUGACUCUUUCAUGGAUUAUUGCCCAUUCCAAAUAGCAUUCACAGAUGGUAAUUGUGUGAGUGGUUAUCCAAUCAAAACAAGUGGUGAAGAGUUUGGAAGCUCAAGUGCUUGCUUUGAAGCUUCUAUUUCUCUCACUUCAAACUCAGAUAUCAAAACUGCUGAUUCCAGAUGCUUAAAGUAUUCAUGUGGAAAUGAAACUUUGAACAUCUAUGUAGGAUCUAAAAAGUUUUCUUGUCCAAAAGAUCAAACAGCUCAAACAAAAUACGAUUCCACAUUCUUUGGAUAUGUAAAAUGUCCUCUAAAUGGUUAUGAUAUUUUGUGUACAAAUUCCAAAGCGACAGCAUCAAACAAUGCCAUUAAUGGAACCUAUGUUAAGGAUGGAGAAGUAGCAGCUGAACCAACUUGUGAUGGAAUUACUGCCUCAUCACCACUAGUCUGCAAUAGAAGAGGUAAAUGCAUUUCAAAUAAUAACUGUCAAUGCUUUACAGGAGCUUUUGGAGACCAGUGUCUUUCCUAUACAUGUGACUCAAUAUCAUCAUCCAAUUCGAGUGUUUGCAGUGGACAAGGUACAUGUGAUGGAUUGGAUAAUUGUAAUUGUUAUGCUGGUCAUUAUGGAGAUUAUUGUGAGAAUUUCCUUUGUUUUGGAUAUCCAGCUUCACAUUCUUCUGUUUGUUCCUCAAAUGGUCAAUGUGUUGGAUACAAUAAUUGUAAAUGUAAUACUGACACUAUUAAUGCUGAUUGUUCCAUUUCAAAAGUCAACGCUUCCACAUUAUCUCAGAGUUUUGGAAUUAUUUCUCUCAUUGUGACACUAAUUUCAUUGAUAACCUUAAUUUAA